AUGAAAGAGAAUUUGGCAGGCUCUCAAGCCAUCAAGAAGCACUGUCGUUAUGAAGAUGAUGACCAAGCAUCUUUUGAUUUGCACUCUAAUGACGAUAAUGAAGAGGCUGAUGAGUCUGGAGACUACAAGCAGGCAGAAAAGCAAGGAAAUGUCGAUAAAAGUUUGGUUGUCAACUCAGCCCCUCUUCGAUCGCUAGGGUAUGUCGAUCCUGGUUGGGAGCACGGCAUUGCUCAGGACACGAGGAAGAAGAAGGUGAAGUGCAACUACUGUGAGAAAAUUGUCAGUGGUGGUAUCAACAGAUUUAAGCAGCAUCUGGCCCGGAUCCCAGGUGAGGUUGCGUCCUGCAAAAUGGCUCCUGAUGAAGUGUACCUUAGGAUGAAAGAAAAUAUGAAGUGGCAUCGGACUGGAAGAAGACGGCAGUCUGAAUCUGAUAUGGUAUCCUUUUAUGAUAACUCUGACAAUGAUGAGACAGGAGAUGGCGAUCUUGCAAAUGGUGGGAAUAAAAUAAGUCAUCUAUUUGGUGAUCAGCUUUUGGUCCCUCACAAAGGACGUAGAAAGAGAUCCAGGGGUAGGUCAAAUGGCAGUGGCACCAGCGGCUCAGACCCACAGGUGAAGCAGAUGAAGACAGAACCUUCUCUUCUAAAGACACAGAAGAGCACAGCACUUCCCCACAAGCAAGCAAUAAAGGCCGAAAAUGAGAAGAAGAUCCACAGAGAAGCAAUUUCUGCAAUCUCCAAGUUUUUCUAUCACGCAGCCGUGCCUUUGAAUGCUGCCAACUCCCCAUAUUUUCAUCGGAUGUUGGAUUUGGUCAGCCAGUAUGGCCAGGGAUGGAAAAGCCCAUCCAGCCGAUUACUGUCUGGCCGACUUCUUCAGGAGGAAGUUGUGGGCAUCAGGCAGCAUCAGUUGGAAAUCAAAACCUCUUGGAUGGUCACCGGCUGUACCAUCAUGGCGGAUCGCUGCCAAGACAUGCAGAAUAGAACGUUCAUAAAUUUUCUUGUUUCCUGUCCUCGGGGCACAUCCUUUAUUUCUUCGGUUGCUGCAUCGGAGAUCAUAGAGGAUGCUCCAAGCAUCUUCAACUUGUUGGACAAGAUUGUAGAGGAAGUGGGGGAGGAGAAUGUUGUGCAGGUACUCAGCUCUCCUGCCCAAAUAUCUUUUCUGUAGACACAAAGAAUAUAUAUAUAUAUAUAUAUAUAUAUAUAUAUAUACACACACACACACAAUAAUAGAGAUAUCUCUUCACUGCUUGCAUUGUCUGCUAGGUGGUCACAGAGAGCUCUCCAAUCUUCAGAGCUGCUGGGAGGAUGCUGGAGGAGAAGAGGAAGAAUCUAUUCUGGAUGCCUUGUGCUGCUUACUCUGUCGAUCGGGUGCUCGAAGACUUCAUCAAGAUAAAAUUAGUGGAGGAGUCCAUGGCAAAGGCCCAGAAGAUCACUCGGCUCAUCUAUAACCAUUCGUGGCUGCUGAAUCUCAUGAAGAAAGAGUUCAUGGCAGGAAGAGAGCUAGUUCAGACCGCCGCUACCAAAUCUUCAGCCAGCUUUCUCACCCUGCAAUGCCUGCUGGAAUGCAGAAACGCUCUCAAAAGAAUGUUCCAGUCGAGCAAAUGGGUCUCCUCCAGAUUUGCCGAUAUGGAGGAAGGCAAGGAGGUUCAGAAGAUCGUCCUAAACUCCGCAUUCUGGAAAAAAAUUCAGUACAUUAGAAAAUCGGUGGACCCUGUUCUGCAGGUGCUUCUGAAGGUUGAAGGUGACAGGGACCUCAGCUUGCCGUUCAUUUACAACGACAUGUACAAGGCCAAGCUUGCCAUUAAAGAAAUCCAUGGCGAGGACGAAAUAAAAUAUGAGCCGUUCUGGAUGGCGAUAGACAAUCAUUUGAACUCUCUCUUCCACCAUCCCCUUUGUGCGGCGGCCUACUUCCUCAAUCCAUCAUUCCGUUACCGUGCCGAUUUCUUAGGGGUAUGGGGUGUUUAAUUGUGAUUUAUAUAGACCGAAGCUUGACGAUUAUCAUACCAUGGUUCUUGUAAUCUUUGUUCAAUUCUGCUCAAUCUUUGCAGCUUCCCGAGGUCAUCCGCGGCGUCAACGAAUGCAUCGUCCGUAUGGAACCGGACAGCGGGAGGAGGAUUUCGGCCUCGAUGCAGGUCCAGGAAUAGGAACUUAUCUGUGUAUGAUUUCCUUCUUUGCAUGGGGUAUUGCCUUCUUUGUGAUCUUGAUUACCUGUUGUAGAUUGCCGAUUUUGUUUCUGCCAAGGAUGAUUUUGGAACUGAGCUGGCCAUCAGUACAAGAACAGAGCUAGAUCCUGGUAACAACUACUUUAUAACAUCUUUAAGAAUCUUACACAAAAUGACGUCUCCUGAUGAUAUUUUUAUUUUGAAAAUUCUAUAAUUUUGACAAGUUUUAGUCGAAAUGAUAAAAGUGAUCAUUUUUACCCUAGAAAUCGUUUUUCUGAUAAUAUUCUUGUGGUAAUUUUAUUUUUUCAAAAAUCUGAGUCUAUAUAUAUACUGUCUGAUAACUUUUUACCUCAUGAAAGGAUGUUAGAUCCUGCGAUGAUCUUUAUUUAUUUCUGAUUGUGGCAAACUAUCUAAGAUUUCCCACGAUCUUAUUCGAUAAUAUGCCUGCUUGCGGUGAUGAAUUGAUUGUUGGAUUGUUGAUAGUAUCGAGAUCUUCGCUGCAGCUGUAUGGUGGCAGCAGCACGGGAUAAAUUGCCUGGAACUCCAGAGAAUCGCCAUCCGCAUACUGAGCCAAACCUGCUCAUCCUCCGGCCGGGACCUCCACGGCCCGAACCUGCCACCGGGCCAACCGGCCGACGUUAGCCACCGCAACCGGCUCGCCCAGAAGAGGGGCAGCGACCUCCUCUUCGUCCACUACAAUCUCCGCCUCAGGGAGCGCCAGCUGGCGAGGGGGCGGCCUGACGAGCCACCUGGCGGUGGCGGCGGCGGCGGCGCCAACGCUGUCUUCCUGGAGGAUCUGCUGGACGGCUGGAUCUGUGACGCCGAGAGGCCAGCGAUCCAAGAGGACGAGGUAAUCCAAUGGGGCUUCCUUUGGCACGUGGGUGCUCGUGGGAAAGCCACAUGGCAAGCAGAAAAAAAAACCCCACUGGCCCGCCCGCCCUUCUAUCUUAGAGGAGAGGAGAGGUACGUGGUAUGCUCUUUCGGAUGGUGA